AUGGUGAACGAAAUGGAUACAGAGAGUCCCGAGCAGGAAGGGAAAGAAAGCAGAACACCAGUGAGUUUUCCACAUGUUAACAUGUCGUACGAGUUUGAAGAGUUAAACAAAUGUGUGGAAGGCAUUCCUGCAAUCAUGACCGAACUCAUGGCGGAGCAUAAAAUCUCUGCGCGUUACAAAGAGAAAUAUGAGAGAAGUUUGAGGCAGGAACUCGAGAAAGUAAGCAAAAAGCUGGAAGACUUGGUACGGCGCUGCAGUCUAAGCCGCAUUUUGGGCAAAGAAAUCGCAGAGGUCGUGACAAUAAGAGGUAUAGAAUCAAGUGAAGACUGGGAGGAAUAUGUGGAAACUACGGAGAGAGACGGAAACAUUUUGGCACAGUUGUGUGAUGAAUUAAAUGUAAAUCCAUUACAGGUCGUAUCUACCGUGAAGGGCCUGAAGUCAGUGGCCACAGGACAUCCCUCAAGAAUUGUGGAUCAGAAUAAUUCGAGAGGUACAACGCAAAAUAUCGGUGAUAUUGAAACAGAUAACCCAGCAGAUGUGCUUUUUCAGAGACGGACAAGGGCAGGUCCGCUGACUGGAGUUCGAUCAGGACACAAUUGGAGCAGCUAUGCGAUUCCUUCGGAAAGGGAACAACUCAGCGCAGUCCUGGAAGAUUUGGCUAGGAAAGCAAAUCCAGACAGUUCGGCUGAGGCUAGGUCUCUUGAAAAUGCUCACAUUCUGCUCGAGAACUUGCAUGGAUGGCCGGAGCAUGUCCAAUUGGUAAGCGUAUUACAUCGCACCAAUCCAGAGAAAGCGUACGAGGAAGUCAAACAACUUGCCCUGAGCAUUGAACAAUCACGGUCAAUGUUCGGAGAAAAGCAACUAAGAGGGAAGGGAAAGCUUUCAGAAAGCAUGUCAUGGAACCCAUGGAAAGCUAGGCAGGGUUUCUACACACAGCGAAGAAGAGAAGCGAAUUCUUCCAAAGUGGCUGACGAUGAGCCACGUAGAAACGACCCAAAGCGGACGGAAAGGCCUACGGGAAAUGAGGCUAUGCGGAAGAGCAGUAACUGUGGAGGUUUCUGUCGAAGGUGGAAGGAAGGAAAAGUUGAUCUUCCAUAUAACACCACUCCCAGACGACGAGGUUUGUUAGGAAUGAAUGCACUACAAAAACUAGGAAUCAGAGUAUCGAUCCUCACGGACGAAGAAGAAUACAGUAAGGAUGGGCAAUCAGAGAACCGCAAGAAAAACCAGGAGGCAAAAGUGGCCAAGAGAAUAUACGUGCCCCCACACUCCUAUGCAAUGAUGGAGGUGGACUGUAAGGAACCAGGGCCUGAUGAACGGGUGCUGUGGGCUAACAGGAGAGAACUGGCAAGUGGAAUAUUCAAGAUAUCUGACAAACGGGCUACUGUCCCAAUUCACAAUAGCCGAGACACAGCUAUUCUCUUCAAAGAAGGAGAAGAAGUAGGAGAAUGGAGCACCGAGAAAUGGCAAGAGAAGUGGAAUGACUUAAAUCCGUUGAUGCUCAGAACUCACGAAACAGUCACAAAAGAGCAAAGAAGAGAGCAACUAAUGCAGCAACUUGAGGAAAGUAUGGAAACCAGUUCUUUGGAUGAAGAGGUGAACUGGAAUCGCCUUGCUGAUUUGAUGGAGGAGUGGAAGACCUCCAAAGCGUGGGUGAUAGUUUGGCCGCAGAAUGCCGAGCUCAAAGGCGAUAUAGCAGAAAAGCUAAUGAAAACAGCUAAGAACUAUCUUGAUGAAGGAGGUUCCAUCGCGACCGCAUGGCCGCCGAUCACGGCAAACAAUCAAUCAAAGUGGAUGAAUACCUCAGAAGUAUGGAAAAAUCUCGAUGAAGCCCUACUAAAGCUCAGUAGUAAGGAAAACGUAUACUGCACCGCCAGUAACAAGUUAUUGGACGGUAAAUUAUACAUAGAGAUAGGCGCUCCGGAGGGAAGCGCACAGUUCUUCCACAAUUACGUAGGCACUGCUCUACCCAAACAUGUCUAUGAAGCUGUUAGAAAUCGUGCGGUCGGAGCAAUGCUACCAAAAAUGGAAAGGCCGACAUCGGGGACGAUGUCUACCCGAGGGGGAGGCGUGUCAGAAGAUGGACCAUGGGCUCGCAAGAGGAGAGCCGUGUAA